CGGGCCGGACACACGUAUUGUUCAACCACCAAGUUUGCAAAGUUCGCGAUCGCAAUGGCAGCCGAGACUUACGGACUUCGUUUCUACAACGAAAAAGACAUUUUCUCCAAUGAUGUCAUGCUGGAGUAUACCGAAGAGUGCUAUCUGCCGUGGCCGAGGUCUCCUGACUCCGGGCGCUCGAGCCUGGAGCCGACCCCAUCCUUGGACAGCAACGAGUCACCAACGCACAUCGCAUAUCGAGGAAUGCCCAACGAUAUUGUUCUAGAAGACAGUGUGGAAGAUGGGGAGGUUCUAGAAGGAUCUGGAAAGAGGAGGGGACGAGCGACAAACGCCGCCGUUCUCCGUAGGCGUCGUCUCGCAGCUAAUGCCAGAGAACGAAGAAGGAUGCAGAACUUGAACAAGGCUUUUGAUAGACUUCGCGGUCACCUACCGUCCUUGGGGGCUGACCGUCAACUCUCCAAGUACGAAACCCUGCAAAUGGCACAGACUUACAUCGCAGCACUUUACGAGUUAUUGCAGUAAAGGUAUGAAGACCAAUAGGGAUAUUAGAUGCAGGCUUUGUUGAUAUCAAGACGAAAGACGCUUGAUGUUACAUAAUGCUAAAACUUGCCAAAUUUUAUAUAGAAUUAGUUCGU